AAGAAGGACGAACGGAAUGAAAGAAAAAAGAAAAGCGCGAGAAAGAGAGGGGGAGGGGGCUGAGUCGGUUCGGCGAGUCGAGUGACCGAGUCAAAUAUCCAAAAAAAUCAAUCUCAAAACCCACCCUUCCAAGUUCCAGCCCACACCCAAACGAUAAAAAGGAAAACACAGGGGUGGUGUGGCAAUAGCAAAAUAAUGGUGAACCAGCGGAUAAUUGUUACUAUAACAACAUCUGCCUAUCCUUCUCUAACCCUAAAACCUCUUUUUCUUUUUAACCCUUCCAUUCCCAUCUCUUCCCUUUCUUUCUUUUCCCCUUCUCUACGAAAAUCCUUUUAUUCUUUUUCACAUUCCCACCUAAUCUAUUUUACCUUCCGCCUUCUCCUUCUCUCUUUCCUCUUCUUCUCUCUUCUUUUCUCUUCCCUGAUUUCCUCGGUUUCUUCUGUACGGUUAGCUCAAGAAGGAUUAGCGGUCUUGCUAGAUUAUCCUUCUGGUAAAGUUAUUUACCACCAUGGAAGAGUCGGGUAGUCGGUUUAACGGUGCAAAUAAUGCUGUGAGGAAGAAGAGGAGUUCUCGUCGGCCUCGUCCUGAUUCGCUGUCUUAUACUGAAAGCCAGAAUCACUCACCAUUGUCAUCGACACCACCUUCGGAUGAUGUGAGCAAAGUCUCCAGUGAUGAGAAUGCCGGUGUCGAUGCUAGUUCAAAGCGGAAAGAAUUUAAUCUUAAUCAACAUGUUUCUAGGAUUUCUCCUGACAUUGGUUUUGAAGGUGACAAAUCCCAUAAAAGAAAGAAACAAGAUGGAGGGUUCAAUGUAUUUUACGACAAUGAGCCCGGGCGAAGCGGGUCAAAUAGUAAGCGUUCUAGCAAGGGUGUACUUGCCCCUGCUAAUUGGAAAAGCAGUACCAAGGAGAAAGAGUGGUCGGAAUUGGAGUCAAGAGAUGCGGAGAUUCAGAGUUCAACACAAGAAGCUGUUAUUGAUAAUAAUGAAAGCAAGGUUAAAAAGGUCAAGCUCAAGGUUGGUGGAGUUACUCGCACAAUUCAUGCAAACUCGACAGUUAAUGGAUUGCCGGGGACUGGGUCCUCUGCAAGGAAGAACAGUCUCCAGGUGGGAAGUAGCAAUGAUGGGCACUCACCUCCAGGUAGGAGUGGUUUGCAAGGUGUACCCUGGAAAGAUUUCUCCCAAGGUGGUUUUAGACUUGGGAAGGAGGGUUCUUUGAUGGGAAAGACAUCUGGAAAGAAUGCCUCUGGUAAACAAGGAGACCAUGCCGGCACGGUUCGUAAAAACAAGCGGGCCCCUAAGAGACGUCUACUUGAUGGGGAAUUCAGUGAAGAUGACAAUGAUGAUGAGAUUCGUUACUUGGAAAAACUUAAAACUUCGAAGAUUAGUCCAGCAUAUAAGGAAGAUGAUGAUGAACCAGGCAAGAAGCAGAAAAAACUCUCCAGGGUUUCCAUCAUAGAAAACUUUGGCACUUCAAGUUCUGCCAAAGAUGAGAAAAGGAAGCAUAGAUCAGAUAGGGUUUCUGAGGAUACCGAUUAUGAGGAGGAAGAUGAACCAGUAACUGAUAGUGAGCUUGAAGGUAAGAAGAAAAGGAAACAAAGGAAAGAAUCUGUUGAGCCAUCAAUGGAGAGUAAGAGGGAAAUAACUCUCACAACACGUCAACGGGCUCUUCAGUCUAGCAAAGAUGCCUCUUCUGCGCCUGCCUCAAGCUUAAUUGAGUUUCCAAAUGGUCUACCACCUGCCCCAUCAAGAAAGCAAAAGGAGAAACUCUCGGAAGUGGAGCAGCAGCUAAAGAAGGCAGAGGCUGCUCAGAGACGAAGGAUGCAAGUUGAGAAGGCCAAUAGGGAAUCUGAGGCUGAGGCUAUUAGAAAAAUACUUGGCCAAGACUCUAGCAGGAAGAAGCGGGAAGAAAAAAUCAAAAAGCGUCAGGAAGAAAUGGCACAGGAGAAGGCUGUUAAAGCGGAGAUGCUUGCAUCAAAUACCAUCAGAUUGGUCAUGGGUCCUGCAGGAACAACAGUAACAUUUCCCAGGGAUUUGGGUUUCCCUAGUAUAUUUAACUCCAAACCCUCUAGUUACCCUGCUCCUCGAGAGAACUGUGCGGGUCCAUCGUGUGGUAACCCAUACAAAUAUCGAGAUUCGAAGUCGAAGCUACCUCUUUGUAGUCUGCAGUGCUACAAGGCAAUUCAAAAACAGCAGAUGGCUGAAACUACCUGCUAGUGUUGCUGAAAAUCCAGCACUUCCCUCUUGUGCAUGUGGUAAAUUCUGCACAUUUAUGUUCCAUUUCAACCCAGGGACGGAUUAAAAAGUAGAGCCAAAUGCAAAUUUCUUUUUGGAGUAAUAUUAAUGUAAUUAUUACAGGUACAAGAAAAUCUUAGUUGUGCUUAUUUUAGUAUAAUCCAUAAAUAAAAGAUUUCCUCUCCAUUCCAAUCCAGAGAGGCUACAAA